AUGAAAGUGCACGCUAUCAACUUUUACAUUCCUUUGUGCCUGGUUUCGAGCACCAUUGCUCAUUUCACUCCUGGAAGUCUUCAUCGUAAAUAUGCUCGUUCGGCCAUAGAUCCGGCGGGCUAUGGGGCUACAUCAGCGCAUGUACCAACGACACCUCUCACCUCCGACGGUGCGCAACCUAAGCUCCAGGGCUAUGGUCCGACCGUAGGAACGGCACCAAGCUCAUGCGAUCAAUCGAAUCCGAAUGCAUGUCAAACUUGUCAAAAGGGCGUAGUGUUCUCCCCUGAAUUGAAACAGUUGGUAAACUUGAGACUUGAAAAGUCGGCAAACCAUAGUUGGGAAUGGGGUACACAAGCCGAAUGGAUUCUUGAAGGAAAAUAUCCUUCGCUCAGUGUCUAUUCGGACACCCAGCUUCCUUUGAACCCUAAAGCCAACCUACCUUAUCCAGCUGAACUCUUUACUAUAAUCGACCCAAUUCUUCAAAGGCGCGCUCCUGGGAUUGGCCCCAUUAUUGUUGAUGACGCAGCGGGAGACCCGGCUAGUCUUUUAAUUGGUGUGAUGGUCAUGGGUGCUACUGUCAAGAAUAGCCCGUACGGCUGGGACCAAGCGUACUACAAUCAAGUUGCUAAAGAUCAAAUAGACUUUCUGUUACAGAAAAUUCGUCGCUCGAAAGAAGGGGCGGUGUCUCAUCGAGUUAAAGAGCUGCAACUUUGGGACGAUAACUUGUUCAUGGCUCCACCUUCAAUCAUGUAUUACGGAGCUGCGAUGUCUGACUUGUAUUUAGUGCAGUUUGGUUACGAGCAAGCCAAAGCUUAUAGACAAGUGACGCAAGAUCCUGUCACCAAAACUCGGUAUCACAUUUUAUUAGGAUCAUAUGAAGACAAGACUCUUUGGAGCACAGGCAAUGGAUGGGUCACGGCUGGAUGCAUGCGAAUGUGGGCGACAUUGAAUUUGAUUCAAGACCCGGAAAUCAAAGCACGAGCAAAGGCGUGGCAAGAUGACUUGAUCGAGUGGACAAUUGAGAUCAUCGUAGGAGCGUAUAGCUUCCAAUCCCCCACUACUUUCCUUUUACCGGACCGUUAUACGACCCCUGGUACAUUUGACGAGGUAUCGGGUACCAGCUUGCUAGCGGCAAGUGCUUACAGAGUAGCUGUCGCAAGACCAGAUCUGAUUCACAGACUUCCGCUGGACAAGAUCAACUGCGCUAGAAGUGCCAUCAUCACGAAUCAUAUCAAUCCCAUCAAUGGCUCAGUAGCCCCAGUGAUCAAUCCAUUAGAUUGGAGCAAGAAAGCUCUCCCCGGUGUAGUCAGUCCAGAGGGCCAAGCUUUUGUCCUGUUCAUGGAGAAUGCGUGGCAGUACUUUAUUCGCUCUCCAGCUGGAAGAGCUUACCAGGAUUCUUGA